GAAACUACGAAUCUUAUCUAUUAUAAUUGUAAAUACUAAAUAGUAAUUAUUACCUAUAUUAUUAAUGUACUUAUGUACUUGCUUUUAAUUAAAAAAAUAAAUAGUAUAGGAUCACGAAUUAAAUUAGGAAUACAUCUAAAUCAUCAUAAAUCAUAUUAUAUAAUUUCUUAGUUCGUGUCAUAAUUAAAGACAAGAUUCAGUCUUGAUUCGUGUUCAGGACUAUUAGGGCCUGAUUUACAAUAGUUUGUUUAACCCGAGUUCAGCGGAACUUGGAUUAUCAAUGAAUGAUCCUAUUUUAAAUGUUUAAAUAUUCAAAUUAAUAGGAUACCUACUGUUAGCUUCAUGAUAUAAACUAACUAUUCUAUGGUUAUAUUAUGGUUUGCUUGAGCCUAGAGACUUAAUAUUUUGUUCUUAAUUUAUUUGUUAAUCUUGUCAUAUUAAUCAUUUUAAUUUUACAAAACGUUAGACUACAUAAUGUCUCUAUUUAGUGUAUUGCCAGCGCCUACACAAUUCCUUCAGGAUUUGGAAGAAGAUGAUGAAUCAAACGAAACACUUGCAGAGAAAACCAAUACAUAUGAAGUGUACGCUGUUAAAAUCCCACCAUACGGGAACAGAAAUGGAUGGGUACCAAGAACCGUUGAAGAUUUUGGAGAUGGUGGUGCUUUUCCGGAAAUCCAAGUUGCUCAGUAUCCAUUGAAUAUGGGAAAAGAAAAUAAAGAAUCUGUUUCAAAUGCUCUUGCACUGCAGUUAACUUCUGAUGGUAAAGUUAAAUAUGAUGUGAUUGCUCGCCAAGGUCAAAGAAAAGAUAAAGUGAUCUAUUCAAAACUAUCUGACAUGCUUCCAUCUGAGGUGGUCAAUGAAGAUGAUCCAUCUUUACAAAAGCCUGAUUUAGAAGAAGUUGCAGACAUCACUGAAAAAACAAGAGCAGCACUGGAAAAGUUAACUAAUUCUAAAGUUUCGGCAGCAUUACCUGUACGAGCGGCAGAUAAACCUGCUCCUGUUCAAUGGUUCCGCUACACCCCUACUGAACAAGGACAAGAAUAUAAUUCAGGAUCAAAACAACGUGUAGUAAGAUUAGUGGAAGCUCAGAAAGAUCCUAUGGAACCCCCAAAAUUCAAAAUUAAUAAAAAAAUUCCUCGAGGUCCUCCAUCACCUCCUGCACCUUUAAUGCAUUCCCCUACCAGAAAGACAUCUGUUAAAGAACAGAAAGAAUGGAAAAUUCCUCCUUGUAUAUCCAAUUGGAAAAAUGCUAAAGGUUAUACAAUUCCAUUAGAUAAAAGAUUAGCUGCUGAUGGUCGAGGUUUACAACAAAAUCAUAUAAAUGAAAAAUUUGCUAAACUGGCCGAAGCUUUAUACAUAGCAGAUCGAAAAGCCAGAGAAGCUGUGGAAAUGAGGGCUCAGUUGGAAAAGAAAAUGGCACAAAAAGAAAAGGAAAAGAAAGAGGAACAUCUUAGAGCCAUGGCUCAAAAAGCUAGAGAAGAAAGAGCAGGUAUUCGACUUCCUGGAUCUGCUAAGAAUGAUGAAUCUCGUGAACGUGAUCAAUUACGUUUGGAGCGUCAAAAAGAUAGAGCUCGUGAUCGUAACCUUGCUAGAAAUGCUGACAGCCGUAAAAACAAAGUAUUGCGAGAUCGAGAUAUUAGUGAACAAAUUGCUCUUGGACUCCCAGCAAUCACUAGAAAAACUGGAGAUACUCAGUACGAUCAACGUUUGCUUAAUACAACAGCAGGAAUGGAUACUGGAUUUGGUGAUGAUGAAGAAUAUAAUGUGUAUGAUAAACCUUGGCGUGGAAACAGCUCUUUGGCUCAACAUAUUUAUCGUCCAUCGGCUAAUAUUGAUAAGGAAGUGUAUGGUGAUGAUUUAGACAAAAUUGCUAAGACAAAUAGAUUUGUGCCAAAUAAAGAAUUUAGUGGAACAGAUCGUGAUCCUAAAGCCAGUGGUCGGUCUGGUCCAGUUCAAUUUGAAAAACAUCAACAAGAAGAAGAUCCAUUUGGUUUGGAUCAGUUCUUAACACAAGCUAAGCAUGCAUCUAAAAGGUCUCAACCACAGCAACAAGAUCGUGAUAAACGUCGUAGAAAAGAUUAAUUUUUUUUUUCUUAUUUAUUUCAAAAUGUUUUUUGUCCAUUAUUAUAGAAGUGAAACUUGUAUCUUAACUCUUAAGUAUAUAAAUUCAUAACAUAAACUUAUGGUGUAAAUUUCAAGUA